AUGGCGGUUACAACAGAGCAAAGGAAAGCUUCUUUAGACGUCUUGCUUCCUUACCAACGUUCAGAUUUCGAAGGGAUCUUCCGCGCAAUGGAUGGUUUACCAGUAACAAUCCGUUUGUUAGACCCUCCACUUCACGAGUUUCUCCCGGAAGGUGAUUUGGACAACAUAGUACACGAGUUAGCUGCAGAAACAGGAAUGAAAGAAGAUGAAAUCUUGUCAAGGAUAGAGAAACUCUCUGAAGUGAAUCCAAUGCUUGGUUUCCGCGGUUGCAGGCUUGGAAUAUCAUAUCCAGAGCUAACGGAAAUGCAAGCACGUGCGAUUUUUGAAGCAGCAGCUUCAAUGCAAGACCAAGGUGUUACUGUUCUUCCUGAGAUUAUGGUUCCACUUGUAGGAACUCCUCAGGAAUUGGGUCAUCAAACUGAUGUAAUCCGCAAAGUUGCACAGAGAGUGUUUGCUGAAACGGGUCAUACCAUGAGCUACAAGGUUGGGACAAUGAUUGAGAUCCCUCGAGCCGCGCUCAUUGCAGAUGAAAUUGCAAAAGAGGCCGAGUUCUUUUCGUUUGGGACAAACGAUUUGACGCAGAUGACGUUUGGAUAUAGUAGAGAUGAUGUUGCAAAGUUUCUACCGAUUUACCUUUCAAAAGGCAUUUUACAGAACGACCCUUUCGAGGUUCUUGAUCAGAAAGGUGUAGGACAAUUGAUCAAGAUGGCGACAGAAAAAGGACGAGCCGCUAGGCCUAGCCUCAAGGUUGGGAUAUGUGGAGAACAUGGAGGAGAUCCAUCAUCUGUGGCAUUCUUUGCUGAAGCAGGACUUGACUAUGUCUCUUGUUCUCCUUUCAGGGUUCCCAUUGCAAGGCUAGCAGCUGCUCAAGUUGUUCCAUGA